AUGUCGACAACGUUGUACUGUCUUGCAGAGGACAGUGUCGAGAGGGAGCGGAGCUUGCAGCACGACAUCGCAUUGUCUCAUGGCAUGGAUGCCUCGACGUGCUGGCACCUCCUGGGGAGUUUGCCACCCCGCGCCGAUGACAAAGCUGAUCUGCGUAGAAUAGAGUUCACGCGGAAGGGGCGAUAUCAUUUUGAGCGACGAAAGGUCGAGAUUCACAUUCUGCACUUCGUGCAGAAUUCCACCUCACGUCUUGAUGAGGACACGGAGCUGCGCAUGCGUGUCCGUUUGAAGCAGAACAGGCCGUCCGUGCAGAACAAAUGA